AAGGCUUGAUGCGUCCUUCACAAAGAAGCAUUGAUGGCGUGUCUGUGUGAAUUGCCCUGGCAUUGGUCACAGCCAAGUUCUGCAGGACCCACUGCCCCCAUUCGACAAUACACUCCACUGUGUGUAGCCAUUUAUGAAAGGUCAGAAAUGAACUGAGAAAUGGCUGGAGUCAAAAACAUGUGGCCCUAUAAAUAUCAGAGUCAGACGGCUCAUGCAUUUUCCCAGUCUCGCUUCUGCCCCCAUCCAGCUGUGCUCGUCUUCAUCUGCCGCUGAGAUUCCUUGCGUUUAGUGGGCACUCCACAUUGUGAAGUUCCACAGAGGAGGCUGCCUUCUUCACCUGGUGACCUUUGUGCCCAGUCUGGCAGCAUAGAAUCAUUAACAGAGUCUGGGUUUUUCCUAAACCCUCUAUGAGUUCUUCUAGCGAGCCCAGGCAGCCCGUUCGGCAAUGCUCUGUUUUAUUUUAAGAAUUUCCACUUCUCACUAGUGGCAACUUUGCCUGGUAACCGAUUGCGACACCAAGGGUGUUCUGUGAGCGCAAGGGUUGGCAGCUUGCUUGUGGAGCCUUAGAGCGAAUUGGGACAUUGACCAUGACUCUAGCUGCCAGACUGGAUGGCUUUGAGACGACCCUGGAGCACCUGUUCAUGGAUGUAUUUAUGACGGAGGGCCGUCGAUGUCAAGUACAUCUCCUUGAUGACAGGAAGCUGGAGCUCCUAGUACAGCCCAAGCUUUUGGCCAAGGAGCUUCUUGACCUCGUGGCAUCUCAUUUUAACCUGAAGGAAAAGGAAUACUUUGGAAUAGCAUUCACGGACGAGACGGGACACUUGAACUGGCUUCAACUAGAUCGGAGAGUCCUGGAGCACGACUUCCCCAAAAAGUCUGGACCUGUUGUUCUGUACUUCUGUGUAAGAUUCUACAUAGAAAGCAUCUCCUACCUGAAGGACAAUGCCACCAUCGAGCUCUUCUUCCUGAACGCCAAGUCCUGCAUCUACAAGGAGCUAAUUGAUGUUGAUAGUGAAGUGGUGUUUGAAUUGGCUUCCUAUAUUUUACAGGAAGCAAAAGGCGAUUUCUCUAGCAAUGAGGUGGUGAGGAGUGACCUAAAAAAGCUGCCAGCCCUUCCUACCCAAGCCCUGAAGGAGCACCCUUCCCUGGCCUACUGCGAAGACAGAGUCAUUGAGUACUACAAGAAGCUGAAUGGCCAGACGAGGGGUCAAGCAAUUGUGAACUACAUGAGUAUCGUGGAGUCUCUCCCAACCUACGGUGUCCACUAUUAUGCAGUGAAGGAUAAGCAGGGGAUACCGUGGUGGCUGGGACUCAGCUACAAAGGAAUCUUCCAGUAUGACCACCAUGAUAAAGUGAAGCCAAGGAAGAUAUUCCAAUGGAGACAGUUGGAGAAUCUGUAUUUCAGGGAAAAGAAGUUUUCCGUGGAAGUUCAUGACCCCCGCAGGGCUUCGGUGACCAGGAGGACUUUUGGGCACAGUGGCAUUGCUGUGCACACGUGGUACGCAUGUCCAGCAUUGAUCAAGUCCAUUUGGGCGAUGGCGAUUAGCCAACAUCAGUUCUACCUGGACAGAAAGCAAAGUAAGUCCAAGAUCCAUGCAGCACGGAGUCUGAGCGAGAUCGCCAUUGACCUAACAGAAACAGGGACGCUGAAGACCUCGAAGUUGGCCAACAUGGGCAGCAAAGGGAAGAUCAUCAGCGGCAGCAGUGGGAGCCUGCUGUCCUCAGGUUCUCAGGAAUCAGAUAGCUCACAGUCGGCCAAGAAAGACAUGCUGGCUGCCUUGAAAUCCAGGCAGGAAGCUCUGGAGGAGACGCUGCGCCAGAGGCUGGAGGAACUGAAGAGAUUGUGUCUCCGGGAAGCUGAGCUCACAGGCAAACUGCCUGUCGAAUAUCCCCUGGAUCCAGGAGAGGAACCACCUAUUGUUCGGAGAAGAAUUGGAACAGCCUUCAAGCUAGAUGAACAGAAAAUUCUGCCUAAAGGAGAGGAAGCUGAGCUGGAACGCCUGGAACGAGAGUUUGCAAUUCAGUCCCAGAUCACCGAGGCUGCCCGCCGCCUCGCCAGUGACCCCAAUGUCAGCAAAAAACUGAAGAAGCAAAGAAAAACCUCUUAUCUGAAUGCGCUGAAGAAGCUGCAGGAGAUUGAAAAUGCAGUCAACGAGAACCGUAUCAAGUCAGGGAAGAAACCCACCCAGAGGGCGUCACUGGUCAUAGACGAUGGAAAUAUCGCCAGUGAAGACAGCUCCCUCUCCGAUGCCCUUGUUCUUGAAGAUGAAGACUCUCAGGUUACCAGCACACUGUCCCCCCUACAGUCUCCGCACAAGGGACUUCCUCCUCGGCCACCGUCAUCGCACAACAGGCCCCCUCCCCCGCAGUCCCUGGAGGGGCUCAGGCAGAUGCACUAUCACCGCACCGACUACGACAAGUCACCCUUAAAGCCCAAAAUGUGGAGCGAGUCCUCCUUAGAUGAGCCUUAUGAGAAGGUGAAGAAACGGUCCUCCCACGGUCAUUCCAGCAGCCACAAGCGCUUCCCCAGCACAGGAAGCUGUACUGAGGCAGGAGUAAGCAGCUCCUUGCAGAACAGCCCCAUCCGAGGCCUCCCGCACUGGAAUUCCCAGUCUAGCAUGCCGUCCACUCCAGACCUGCGCGUCCGGAGUCCCCACUACGUCCAUUCCACAAGGUCGGUAGACAUCAGUCCCACGAGACUGCACAGCCUGGCACUGCACUUUAGGCAUCGGAGCUCCAGCUUGGAGUCCCAGGGCAAGCUCCUGGGCUCAGAGAAUGACACCGGGAGCCCCGACUUCUACACUCCGAGGACUCGUAGCAGCAAUGGCUCGGACCCCAUGGAUGACUGCUCGUCGUGCACCAGUCACUCGAGCUCAGAGCACUACUACCCGGCGCAGAUGAACGCCAACUACUCAACGCUGGCUGAGGACUCGCCAUCCAAGGCGCGCCAGCGCCAGCGGCAGAGGCAGCGGGCAGCAGGCUCCCUGGGCUCAGCGAGCUCCGGCAGCAUGCCCAACCUGGCAGCACGCAGCGGGGCUGCAGGCGCUGGUGGCGGCGUGUACCUGCACAGCCAGAGCCAGCCAAGCUCGCAGUAUCGCAUCAAGGAGUACCCGUUGUAUAUUGAGGGCAGUGCCACACCCGUGGUAGUACGCAGCCUGGAGAGUGACCAGGAGGGCCACUACAGUGUCAAGGCACAGUUCAAGACCUCUAAUUCCUACACGGCUGGCGGCCUGUUCAAAGAGAGCUGGCGUGGGGGUGCCGAUGAGGGUGAUGCAGGCCGCCUUACACCAUCGCGCUCCCAGAUCCUGCGGACUCCUUCGUUGGGGCGGGAGGGCGCCCAUGACAAAGGCUCUGGCCGUGCUGCAGUAUCAGACGAGCUGCGCCAGUGGUACCAGCGUUCCACAGCCUCGCACAAGGAGCACAGCCGCUUGUCGCAUACCAGCUCCACCUCCUCAGACAGCGGCUCUCAGUACAGCACCUCUUCCCAGAGCACCUUCGUGGCGCACAGCAGGGUCACCAGGAUGCCCCAGAUGUGCAAGGCCACAUCAGCUGCCUUACCUCAAAGCCAGAGAAGCUCAACGCCGUCAAGUGAAAUUGGAGCCACCCCACCAAGCAGUCCCCACCACAUCCUGACCUGGCAGACUGGGAGCUACAGUGAUAGCUGCUUCCUGGAUUCCUCCCUCUAUCCAGAGCUAGCUGAUGUCCAAUGGUACGGGCAGGAAAAAGCCAAGCCCGGGACCCUCGUGUGAGCCAGCCCGGCCUGUUCUGACCGCCGCACGCCAUUCUGAGUCACCUCACUGCCUCUCAGUUGCCUUACCCAGACACACUGUCACCUGCACCAGCUUCGGCCCUUGGCACUUUUUUUCUCCUGUCUCCACAUCCCCUUCACCCUCAAAAACCUGACUGAGGAGACAUUCUGGAAGGUUCCGAUCCCACUGUGUGUCCCCUGGCUCUCUUACCCAGAGAGCCAGACAACAAUCCUCAAUGGCACCUUGGUGGUUUCCCCCUGCCAUGACAGCCCAGGCCAGGAACUGUCAGGGAAGCCAACAUAUGCAAUUCCUGUGGAAGAGAAGCGUUGGUAGAGAAGAGAAAAAAGAAAGACCUAUCUGUGCAGAGACUGUAAAGCUGCAUCAGCUGCCACCACAGGCCACUGGGUGCUUCCAGAGAAGAGAGGCUGCCUCGUGGGGACCACACCUAGGAUAGUCUCUGUUCUGUAGUAAGACAGCCUGCAAGAGAACCUAAGGAGGACCAGCGCUUCAGAGAGGCGUCGGAGGAUCACAAGCGGUUCUAUGCUGCCAAAGAUUAGACACAUUCAACAAUAAACAGAUAGGAGGGGCCAAGAGGAACACACCUUCUCUGCAGUGAAACUCCUCAGUUCCAAACUGCUUCUAUGCAGCACAAGUGAGUCAACCAUUUGUAAAUCGUGUCCCGUCGGGAGCCAUCUGCUGUCACGCCCACUUCUCCUGACCCGAGAGCCUGGAAAUGAACCCAACGGGACAGUGAAGAUGGAGGAGACUUGGCUGGCCUGGCAGACGCAGAAUCUGUCUGUCUGGACGUGAAGGGAAACAGGCUGGAAGGAGCGCCCUACGCAGGGCAGGGGCCUCAGCCUGCACCUCCCAAGCUGCUUUCCUUUUCGGAUUGGUCAGAAGCUAAAGGUGAUCAUUGCCAAAAGCAGGUCUCACUCGUUAAAACAGCCAGUAAAAGUGUAACCUUUCUUUUUUGUACAAGGCGUUUCAUUUUCUUUUUUAUGGGAAACCAAGGGAAAAAGCACAUUGCGGUCUAUCCAAGUGUUUUACUGUUGUGGCUCAUUUUGUUUGUUAGCACUUGUGUGACAAAGAACUCAGAUGGACCUCUCCUGUGUGUCACUUAGUAAGAACCCAAGUACGCCCUUAGGUAGGAAGAAUUUUAUGUGUCUACCAGCCGGCAGGCAGAGCAGAGUUGAAGCAACUCAGCUCCUAAAGGGCCCAUUCACCUCCAGCAGUAUCCAUGACUUUGAUUUACCACCUCUGUCCACAGAUACCAAGAGGAUAAAAGAAGGCAAAAAAAAAAAAAAAGCAUGCGUGCAAGCUGCUCGUUUACAUGUGUUUUGAGCUAUGCUUAACACACAACCAAAAGCCAUCGAUCUUCAAAGGCCUCGAAAUUUUAUAAUGACGAACUAGUGAAGAGUCUUAGCCGGGUUACUCAAGAUGGCACCAGAGUUUUCAUGGAGGUAGUACAUGUGAAUGUAAGCGGGGCUUGCGGGGUCGUCUUUGUGAUGACUUCCUGUGGGAAAGGCAUCCAGGAACAGGAGCCAGGGUGGGAGUACUUUUGUGGGAAAGCAGAUCUAAAGUUAGCUGUGGCAUCAAAACAAAGACUGUUGUUCGUGUAUGUGAAUCCGAGAGCAACAGUAGACUCCACCAGCCCAGCAGGGGAAGGACCAACCCUGUGGCUCACUCUGUCUUGGCUUGGAAAGUUCUGGAAGUCAAGUGAGCGUUUCCACAGUCAGAGGCAUUCAUACCAUGCGGUCUGAGGCCCACUCAAGGCCAGGUACCCCAGCGCUGGGCCCGGCUAGCUUGAUGAUCCCAGCUUUCAGAAACAGUACUCUUCCGGACACUUGUAGGCGUAACCCUGUAGGAUUGGUAGGGACUGAUAAUGGUACAAAUGAACCCAGGGCUUGACGGAGAUGGGGGCUACCUUUUUUUGUUCCUAGUAUGAUGGUCAGAGCUACAAAAGGCAAGUUUAUUUGGGGAUUUUUCCCCCUUCCUUCCCUAAUAGGAAAUGUGAUACAUUGGGUCAAUUUUUUUUUACUUCCAAAAAGAGAUGCCUGAAUAGUUAGAUUGAACUAUGGUGCAGCAGGAAAAGUCCAAAGGGAAACAAAGAAUAAGACAAGGUUACAUGGUUACAGGUUAUAACAUAGACAGCAGUUUGAAAAUCAGUUCUGAAUUCGGUUGGAUCAACGAGAGGCAGAAAGAAUCUAAAAUGUAAUACAUUUGGGGAGCAGAGAGGAAUUGUAUAGGAGCUGUGAACACCAUCAGGAGAGUCUGGUAGUAAGGACCGAGAUUAAGUAAAACAGGUUUUACUGUUUAGCUGUGUUCAGUUACUACAAUGUACAUAAUAAGCCUAAGUCCUUUGAGACGGACAUACAUGGUCAGUGUGGUGGGGAACACUCUGGGUGUUGUAUUCAAGCACCUGCAGAUGCUUUACAGAUCCUAUUUCUUUAAAGGAAGAUGAGAUAUGAAGCCCCCAGUCUGGUCUAAUGCCCCUACUGGAUUCUUUGAGUACAUGUAAGAAAUUGCCUGUUUCAGCCAGAAGACUCUGUUGUGAGCCAGGUUGGUUUAUUUUGUUAUAUGCAGGUGAGUGUUGAAACUGUUAAAAGCCCAAUUUGUUUUCAUUCAGUAUUAGUUUAGUUCUAAAUAUAGCAAACCUCAUCCAGGUGCUAUCAGAUGACCAAUUACUGCUUAGUUAACUAGGUGUAAAGUCAAUCGUUUAUUACAAGUUGUGUAAAAUGGACUCUAGUUUAAUAACGGGGGAAAGAUUAGGUUGCUCCUGAAACUGACUGUAGAGCAUGUAAAAUGAUUUUACUGGAUUCUGUUCAACGGUAAUCAAUGAAAAAGAUGUAUGUUGUAGACAAAGUUGCAGAAUUAAAAGAGAAAUCUGCUUUUAAUUUAUUCUUUUUGUAUUAAGAAUUUGUAUAGUACCUUUACAUUUUGCAGAACAGUGUUGUCAACACUUAUUAAAACAUUUUCAAAAUGAAAA